AUGCAGGGGGAGGUGGAGCAGCAGGCGCCGAUGCAGAUGGUGCUGCGGGUGAAGCACCCGUCGUCGCUGUCCAGCGGCAGCGAGGAGGCGUCGGAGGGGGAGGGGUCGUCCAGGUCGGCGCUCUCGGUGUUCAAGGCCAAGGAGGAGCAGAUCGAGAGGAAGAAGAUGGAGGUCAGGGACAAGGUCUUCGCGCAGCUCGGCCGCGUCGAGGAGGAGUCCAAGCGCCUAGCAUUCAUACGACAGGAGCUGGAAGGGAUGGCCGAUCCUACGAGGAAGGAGGUGGAAUCAAUACAGCGGCGGAUCGACACCGUCAACCGCCAGCUCAAGCCUCUCAGCAAGAGCUGCGUCAAGAAGGUGACAAGGACUUCCUGGACCGACAAGUAUUGUGGUGCAAGGGAGUAG